AUGGUGAAGUUCGCGCCCUUGUUCGUGCCGUGGGAGCACAGGCUGCAGACCCUGGCGGUCCUGCAGUGGAUAGUCUGCUUCUUGCUCAUGGGUCAGGUCUGCGUAUUGGUCUUCAUAGGCCUCCUGUUCACAAGAUUCUGGUUGUUCAGUGUUCUGUAUGCAGCCUGGUGGUACCUGGAUAGAGACAAGCCGUGGAAGGGCGGCCGGCCCUGCCAGGUCAUAAGAGACUGGGUGGCAUGGCGUUACAUGAAGGACUAUUUCCCUGUCUCGCUGGUCAAGACUGCCGAGCUGGACCCCUCCCGGAACUACCUCGCCGGCAUCCACCCCCACGGGAUCCUGGCCACUGGAUCCUUCCUCAACCUGUGCACUGAGAGCACGGGCUUCUCUAAACUCUUCCCCGGCAUCCGCCCCCACCUGAUGAUGCUGACCCUGUGGUUCCGGUUCCCCUUCUUCAGGGAUUACAUCAUGUCAGGGGGGCUGGUCACAUCAGACAAGGAGAGUGCUGUUCACAUUCUGAGCAGGAAGGGCAGCGGCAAUCUGCUGGGCAUCCUUGUCGGGGGCGCCCGGGAGACACUGAACGCCAGGCCCGGGUCUUAUAAACUGUUGCUGCAGAACCGCAAGGGCUUCAUCAGGAUUGCCCUGAUGCAUGGGGCAGCUCUGGUGCCAGUCUUCUCCUUUGGGGAGAAUGACUUAUUUGACCAAGUUGAGAACUCUCCUGGCUCCUGGCUGCGCUGGAUCCAGAACUGGCUGCAGGGGAUCAUGGGUAUUUCCUUCCCGCUCUUCCAUGGCCGUGGCAUCUUCCAGUACAGCUUUGGUCUCUUGCCCUACCGCCGGCCCAUCACCACCGUGGUGGGGAAGCCCAUCGAGGUGCAGCAGGUAACGCAGCCCUCUCAGGAGCAGGUGGACGAGCUGCACCGGCACUACAUGGAUGAGCUGUGCAAACUCUUCGAAGCCCACAAGCUCAAAUACAAUGUCCCCACGGACCAACACCUGGAGUUCUGCUGA